GAUCAGAAAAACAUUUGAUUGGAACCAUUGGAACCGUUUCUUGGAGCCUCUUGAAAUACCGGUUACAGGCCCUUAACACGUUUUUUUCAGACUGCUGUCAAGCAGUUCUGGUUGUGAAGAGAAUACUCUUUAAAAUGGAAACAAUAAAAGAUAUGUUCCGGUUCCUAAACAACCCGCAUCAUGUUUGGAAAUUUCAACAAUUUUUUGGACUUAGAAAGGUUAGUGAGGUUAAAACUUCAGAAGAGGGACAUUGGGUUGCACUAGAUUCUAGGUCUAUACCCCGACCUCUACCCGAAAGAGUACGUAUACCUACCCAGCCUACCAUAACUCAGAGUAGUUUUGAAAGAGAGUACAGAAUAAACCAGAGAGUGAGAGCAGUCAGAAGACAGCAGAGUAAUGAGGAUGAUGAGAGUAGGUGUUCCUCUGGAUAUUCAUCAGAGGGAGAACCCGAGGAAUCUGCCAGCGUAUUGUAUUACAAGAUUGGGAGAUAUUUUUGGUGCACCAUGUUCUAAAUUUUU